GACAACAUCUGGAACGACCCGAGUCUUGAUCUGGACUCUGACCUGCCGUCAGGGUGGCGCACCAUCCGGGACAGCACUGGCACCUACUACUGGCACGUGCCUACAGGCACCACACAAUGGCAGCACCCAUCCUACAGCGCCGAGGAGGACCAGCGUGCCAUCAAUGGCAUUACUGCCACAGACCUCAAGGUUAGGGCUUCAACUUCUAAAUACAGUUCAGUCUUUCUGUUUGACUUUGGCUCCUUUUAUACUGAAUGUGGUUCUAUCAGAGAGGAAGGAUCACACCUCUAAUAAUGUCUCAUGUCCUCUUUUCCAGAGCCUGGAGGCUGGUGGCAGACGUGGAUCAAGGGCAAGGCUGACAGAGAGUCCAGUGGCCUCCAUAAAUGACAGGUACUCCUUCAAAAUCCUAUGCAGACCCACACCAACACUCAUUCACCUCCACAAGCACUGUAGCCUUGUUACAAACUCGUAAUGAGCACUUCGCAUCACAAUUAAGUUUUGUGACAAAGUUAUUCUACAAGGUUAAUGUGUUGAUGAGGUACAUUUGUAUCACCUGCAGAUCCGGAUGCUUAGGGAGCUCUUUGAAAUAAACUACAUUGAUUGAUGGUGUAAUCAAACGAGGGUUAGUGUGUGGGAUGUAUUCUCUCUCUUUGAAUCUGUUUGAUGGCAAAAGGGCUCAUGAUGGCUUCACUGGCCCAGGAAUGUGGCAGACCACAUAUCCCUGUGCCUCCUGGAAUACUACCCAUUAUGCCAUUCUUUGUGUUCUGAGCAGAUGCCGUAUCUGUCCCCUGCCUGAUAACGUCAGGAAUGGAUAAGGUCUUUGAAACGUCACGUGCAGAUGGGACAACCAUUAAGGUCCUAGUUCUGCACCAAACUACGUCAUAUCAUUACAGUCCAGCCAUUGUACCAUAAUCUGAAUACAUACAAGUGUUUACGGAACAAAUGAUGUACGAUGUAGUGCCUGUGGAUAAGUCUUAACCAUCUGUCGCACAAACCAGUAUUCUAGGGUUUAUUUAGCAUAAAGCAAGGUAAAACCUGUUUGGUCAAAUGCAUCUUAGAUCACUUUAAUAGUUCUUCAUAGGUUCUUUAACAUUAUAUAUGGCUGCCUUGUCUUUACCAUAAAGGGUAAAAGCACUCCACAAUUCAAUUAUCGGGAGUUAUUCUGGCAGCCCCUUGAGGGGCACUGUGUCCUGUAACAUGUAGAGGUUGUUGAAUACUCCAAUAAACAAGGUCUCUGCUGCAGUGGUUAUGUGUAAAAUCAGGAUGCAUUUGACACAGGGGAGCUUAACGUUCUGUAUGGACAGAGAUUGUGGAGAAUAGUGAAACUCAGCUCACUGGGCAUAUCAUCAAGAAAUUCAUAGGUAUUAUAAUGGACAUAAUCAUGUCCCACUCUGCUUCACCAAAGAGUGCAAUGGAAAGGGAGGGAGAGUCUUGACAGUGGGCUCCUGGUUGCAGGAAUAGCAGCCACUUGUGAUUGUCUCCAGUCAGCUGUAUCAGGGGGGCUAAUGAGAACUCCACCUCUGAGUCAGUCAGCAUGAGGUGAUCAAACCAGCUCUCUGUUUGUUGUUGUCACCCACCGCUUACUCAACAGCUGUUUCCAUCAGUGGCAGGCAAGGGCUUUGCUUUCAAAGUCAAACACAAACAGAUAAGGGAAGGACUAGAUGAUGACAUAUAACACAAUAUUCCACACAGCAUCAUCCAGGGCAGCAGGGAGGGAUGCAGAAAACGCUACAGUGUCAUUUGUGCUGUCGUCGUGGUAAUCCUUCAUGUCAUUUGACUGUUCUGCUAAUCUCCUACAGAGUCUCCUGGCAGGACGAUUAUUUCUGCACCAACAGGGAUCCUGACUCCAAGGUAGAGUGGGCUUUGAUGUCCAAAUCCCUCUCCUUCUGUAGAAUAGCAUGUUCUGACCAAUAACAUCCAUGAAACCAGAUUUGUCCAUUUAUGUCAGUUUAUUGUAAAAAAACAAAAACACAAAACAUAUAUUCUAGCUGAUUCAGAACUCUAACACUAUUUGCCGUCAUUUAUUCUUUGAGGGUUAAAAGAGAACACCUUUUUGAAAUGUAAGCCCUGGUCGAUAGUUGUUUGUUGUCCAGGCUAGGCAGCUCUUAGAGGAGUUUAUAGACCAUGCCCACUAAAAGGAUCUGAGAGUUAUCUCUUAAGUCAGUGAGGAGCAGUAUCGAUUGAAAGUCGAUAAAUACAUUUCAUGGAUGCGUCAUGCUGAUAUACUGUAGAUACUGAAGACACUUAACCUUUUGUACUGUACAUUAUCUAAAAACCCUGCGUAGUCUUAAUCUGUGAGUGAUUCAUUUGAGACCUGUGAGGGUAAAACAUAUCCAUGCACAUCUCUCUCUCUUACACUCUCCGUUUAUUCCCUUUUCAUUCUGCCUCCUCCUCCUCACCUCUACCAUCCACUCCUCUCCGCUGCCUUCUGGGCCCUGUUGGCGUGGCGUUUGUGUGGUUGUCUUGGUCAGUGUUUUGCCGUGCGCUCCCUGGGCUGGGUGGAGAUCCCAGAGGAGGAGCUGACCCCGGGGAAGAGCAGUCUGGCUGUCAAUAACUGCAUCCAGCAGCUGUCCAGCAGCAAGGCUGAGGGCCGCGAUGCACUAGGCGCCUGGGGAGAGGUAAGAGUAAUACAGUCAAAUUACUUGUUUAUUAGGUUUUGUUUUAGUUUGGUCUAUUUUGGCAAGCAGUACAUGGGUCAUUGUGCAAUUGUUUAUUGUGCAUUUCUCCUUCAAAUUAAACCAUUAGUAGCCUUGAGAACCCUCAGUACCUCAAACGACCUUGGGUUUGUUCCAGUACAUGUGAGCCCUUACUGCCACCAUAAAGCAGUCCCACUGAAACCCCCCCCCCCCCCCCCCCCCCCUGUCCUCUCUGACCUCUCCCAGGGCCAAGACAUGAUGAUGGUGUUGAAGAAGGACACCCUUAGCCUGAUGGACCCAGUGGACCACAGCCUUAUCCACUGCCAACCUAUCAUCAACAUCCGUGUGUGGGGCGUGGGAUGCAACAACGGCAGGUGGGCCAACCUGGGGAUGGUAUGGGCAAAUACCCCCAGUCCUCUCCCCCCUCUCUUUUUUAUGGUCAGUGUUUAUAUAGUGUACAUGUAAUCUCGGUUAACCCAGAACGAAAAUCCUGCGUAAUUUGGUCAGCUGUGUGAUUUAUUUCUGGGCCCAUAGGUGUUAGAAAUUGGGAGUUCCGGUUUACGAAGUCUCCUCCCUCGCAAAAGUAAAUUCUCAGCCAAAGCUAAUUUCACCACACGCGCGAAGUUCACCCAAUCCUGAUAUGUCCAAAUAAUCAGUGACCAAAACCCAAACACCGGAACUAGUACUGCUCAUGAUCCUAUGCGUUCCAUCCCGUCGCGACAGAUUCUUCGGUUUACGCGCAGAAUCUGUCCACGAGAGAUUAAUAUCUCUGUAGUUACAUUCUGAAAUACGGGAUAAUAUGGUGAACUGACCAACUAAGCACAAUGCUCUUGGGUUGUUAGGUCAGGAAAGACUGUGUUCAACGUUUUUGUUAUUGUGUAUAAUUGAUGACAUGGAAAUAUUCCAUUGACUGAAGAAAGGAAAUUAUAUAUAUAUUAUAUUGUUUUUAUAUGGGCUGUACAGCCUUGGGUAAGGUUAGUUCUUCAGGGUCACAGACGUUUAAGGCCUAUUGUAAAACUGGGAGCUCAUGUUGAGUGGAUCUGAGGACAGCUAUAUUUGGCUACGCUCUUGCUGGAGAAAAUUCAGGCAUUGACCUGAUGUCAGUAUCAGUGGGACUACAUUUAAGUAGAAUGUAAUAGCCCCGAGGAAGAAACGUGACAAUGGUAGAGAAUGCGAAGGAUUUGAAAAACCCAAGACUGAAACUACUGAAAAUAAGUCAAUAUAUAGGUGCAACAUUUUUACACACAGUAGGCUAUAUUGUAUUAUGAUCAUAGUUGUGAACCAAUGCAACAGUUUUGUCUCAUAUGUGAAGUAGUUGUAAUAAUGAACUUUCUUUCUUUUUUAACUGCCACUCGUGAAAACAGAGACAGGUAAUCACUCUCUUCUUGGUCAACUCAUUUUCUGUUGACGUGCCAUUUGUGACUUUGACAGCUUGCAUCAUGGUCUCAAGUACAGUGGGGAGAACAAGUAUUUGAUACACUGCCGAUUUUGCAGGUUUCCCUACUUACAAAGCAUGUAGAGGUCUGUAAUUUUUAUCAUAGGUACACUUCAACUGUGAGAGACGGAAUCUAAAACAAAAACCCAGAAAAUCACAUUGUAUGAUUUUUUAAGUAAUUAAUUUGCAUUUUAUUGCAUGACAUAAGUAUUUGAUACAUCAGAAAAGCAUAACUUAAUAUUUGGUUCAUAAACCUUUGUUUGCAAUUACAGAGAUCAUACAUUUCCUGUAGGUCUUGACCAGGUUUGCACACACUGCAGCAGGGAUUUUGGCCCACUCCUCCAUACAGACCUUCUCCAGAUCCUUCAGGUUUUGGGGCUGUCGCUGGGCAAUACGGACUUUCAGCACCCUCCAAAGAUUUUCUAUUGGGUUCAGGUCUGGAGACUGGCUAGCUCACUCCAGGACCUUGAGAUGCUUCUUACGGAGCCACUCCUUAGUUGCCCUGGCUGUGUGUUUCGGGUCGUUGUCAUGCUGGAAGACCCAGCCACGACCCAUCUUCAAUGCUCUUACUGAGGGAAGGAGGUUGUUGGCCAAGAUCUUGCGAUACAUGGCCCUAUCCAUCCUCCCCUCAAUACGGUGCAGUCGUCCUGUCCCCUUUGCAGAAAAGCAUCCCCAAAGAAUGAUGUUUCCACCUCCAUGCUUCACGGUUGGGAUGGUGUUCUUAGGGUUGUACUCAUCUUUCUUCUUCCUCCAAACACGGCGAGUGGAGUUUAGACCAAAAAGCUCUAUUUUUGUCUCAUCAGACCACAUUACCUUAUCCCAUUCCUCCUCUGGAUCAUCCAGAUGGUCAUUGGCAAACUUCAGAUUAUCCUGGACAUGCGCUUGCUUGAGCAGGGGGACCUUGCGUGCGCUGCAGGAUUUUAAUCCAUGACGGCGUAGUGUGUUACUAAUGGUUUUCUUUGAGACUGUGGUCCCAGCUCUCUUCAGGUCAUUGACCAGGUCCUGCCGUGUAGUUCUGGGCUGAUCCUUCACCUUCCUCAUGAUCAUUGAUGCCCCACGAGGUGAGAUCUUGCAUGGAGCCCCAGACCGAGGGUGAUUGACCGUCAUCUUGAACUUCUUCCAUUUUCUAAUAAUUGCGCCAACAGUUGUUGCCUUCUCACCAAGCUGCUUGCCUAUUGUCCUGUAGCCCAUCCCAGCCUUGUGCAGGUCUACAAUUUUAUCCCUGAUGUCCUUACACAGCUCUCUGGUCUUGGCCAUUGUGGAGAGGUUGGAGUCUGUUUGAUUGAGUGUGUGGACAGGUGUAUUUUAUACAGGUAACAAGUUCAAACAGGUGCAGUUAAUACAGAUAAUGAGUGGAGAACAGGAGGGCUUCUUAAAGAAAAACUAACAGGUCUGUGAGAGCCGGAAUUCUUACUGGUUGGUAGGUGAUCAAAUACUUAUGUCAUGCAAUAAAAUGCAAAUUAAUUACUUUAAAAUCAUACAAUGUGAUUUUCUGGAUUUUUGUUUUAGAUUCCGUCUCUCACAGUUGAAGUGUACCUAUGAUAAAAAUUACAGACCUCUACAUGCUUUGUAAGUAGGAAAACCUACAAAAUCGGCAGUGUAUCAAAUACUUGUUCUCCCCACUGUAUAUGCUUGGUGCCUCAGUAGGUUCUGUGUAGUUUCUGUAGUCAUACUGUAGUGUCUCAUCAAUAAUGUAACGUGCUUCUGCCGACAUGUAAUGUACUGUAUGUGAAUGCCUGCCCUGUUUCUCAUGCAUGUUCAAAGGAAGCCCUGUCCAUUUAUUUCUCGACUUGUAGCGACCCUUGUUUCUUUGCAAUGUGCUGUUCUGUCCUUGUCUCACAACAAAUGCCCACUCAGCGCUAUCCCAGACUGUUGUCUUGCCAAAUUAUUACUGAUGAAGAUUGAUCUAUAAAGUGAGAAUCAUAAUGGUAUAUCUACCUGAGGUAAAUUCUGCUCAAACUCUGCAUUUUAAUUCAUUAGAAGCCAUAGUGAUUGCAUUCCUUUGAGAGCCAAGUGGAGGACGCAUCAAUGUGUAAAUUAAUCUAACAGGUUUUCUACCACAGUUGAAUGGGCCUUUUUUUGAUUAAUGGACCAGGAUAGAUUGCUGGGUCGUGUCAAAUUGAUCAGCUCCCCCAUGCCUCUGCCAAGUCGCACUCCUUUCUACUGUGCCAGCCAGUAAAACUGCAAAGUCGCACCUGCCACUGUGACAAAUACUCCCCAUUCCUUCAGAAAGUAUUCAUGCCCCUUGCCUUAUUCCACAUUUUGUUGUGUUACAGCCUGAAUUCAAAAUGGAUUACAUAUGUAUUUGUUCUCACCCAUCUACACACAAUACCCCAUAAUGACAAAGUGAAAACAUGUUUUUACAAAUUUUUACAAAUGUAGAUAUUAUUAACAUGACAUAAGUCUUCGUAAAAUAUGUAGAAUUGCAGGAAAUUAGCUUUGAAACUGCCAAAAUGUCUCUCCACCACAGGAGGCUGCUGAUAGGAGAACGGCUCAAUAUAAUGGCCGGAACGGAGCAAAUGGAAUGGCAUCAAACACCUGGAAACCAUGUGUAUGAUGUAUUUGAUACCAAUACCACUAAUUCGGCCCCAGCCAUUACCACGAGUCUGUUCUCCCCAAUUAAGGUGCCACCAACCUUCUGUGUUCUCCACCCCAUGGUAAAAUGGGUAUAAUUGCAAGAAAUUAGCUGUAAAACUGCACAUUUCUUCUCUCUGCCCCAUGGCAAAAUGAAAAUGUUCUCUCCGCUGAAGUGUUUUGCCCGCUAGGUGGGGAGGCCCCCCAACCCAAAAGGCUAUGUCUGUCAUAAAAUAGCUGUCAUUCCACCCUGGACAGAAUACAGAGGAUUGUGCACGCACGCACACACACACACACACACACACACUAGGCCUCAGAUUAAUGCUGUCAGAUUCACUCUUUUUUUGUGGCGUGGUGGCGAGAUGCUGUGUAGACAAGAUCAGAGGACAUGCCUAGUGGCCUGCGCUGACUGCCAAUCUGUUUGAGUGUUUCCCUGAGGUUUAAUAUAGAGGAUCCCACCCUACCGUUUGUGGGCCCACCGUCGAUGCCAAAGGGAAGCCCAUCUGUGAUUGCCUCUUACUCGAGUGUUUUCCCUCAAUAAUUAAAAAGCUGCAGGUGUCUCAGUUCUUUUCCCAGGCAUCGGCACAUUCUGGUGCACCAGAGUUGUGGGCUAUAUAACAGCACUGUUGCUCGAGAUCGUUUCAAGUGGUAAAACCCACGAAGGAUGUUAUAGAGAGAAUUACACACAUAAAGCCACAUAAAGACAUCAAACUGCAACCACUGAGCUAUUUCCCAAUUAGCAACUGCACACGGCUCACAGAACAGUUCUUUAUGAACUAACUACUUGUCAGAUACAGUGGGGGAAAAAAGUAUUUAGUCAGCCACCAAUUGUGCAAGUUCUCCCACUUAAAAAGAUGAGAGAGGCCUGUAAUUUUCAUCAUAGGGACACGUCAACUAUGACAGACAAAAUGAGAUUUUUUUUCUCCAGAAAAUCACAUUGUAGGAUUUUUAAUGAAUUUAUUUGCAAAUUAUGGUGGAAAAUAAGUAUUUGGUCAAUAUCAAAAGUUUCUCAAUACUUUGUUAUAUACACUUUGUUGGCAAUGACACAGGUCAAAGGUUUUCUGUAAGUCUUCACAAGGUUUUCACUCACUGUUGCUGGUAUUUUUGGCCCAUUCCUCCAUGCAGAUCUCUUCUAGAGCAGUGAUGUUUUGGGGCUGUCGCUGGGCAACACGGACUUUCAAAUCCCUCCAAAGAUUUUCUAUGGGGUUGAGAUCUGGAGACUGGCUAGGCCACUCCAGGACCUUGAAAUGCUUCUUACGAAGCCACUCCUUCGUUGCCCGGGCGGUGUGUUUGGGAUCAUUGUCAUGCUGAAAGACCCAGCCACGUUUCAUCUUCAAUGCCCUUGCUGAUGGAAGGAGGUUUUCACUCAAAAUCUCACGAUACAUGGCCCCAUUCAUUCUUUCCUUUACACGGAUCAGUCGUCCUGGUCCCUUUGCAGAAAAACAGCCCCAAAGCAUGAUGUUUCCACCCCCAUGCUUCACAGUAGGUAUGGUGUUCUUUGGAUGCAACUCAGCAUUCUUUGUCCUCCAAACACGACGUGUUGAGUUUUUACCAAAAAUUUAUAUUUUGGUUUCAUCUGACCAUAUGACAUUCUCCCAAUCCUCUUCUGGAUCAUCCAAAUUCACUCUAGAAAACUUCAGACGGGCCUGGACAUGUACUGGCUUAAGCAGGGGGACACGUUUGGCACUGCAGGAUUUGAGUCCUUGGCGGCGUAGUGUGUUACUGAUGGUAGGCUUUGUUACUUUGGUCCCAGCUCUCUGCAGGUCAUUCACUAGGUCCCCCCGUGUGGUUCUGGGAUUUUUGCUCACCGUUCUUGUGAUAAUUUUGACCCCACGGGGUGAGAUCUUGCGUGGAGCCCCAGAUCGAGGGAGAUUAUCAGUGGUCUUGUAUGUCUUCCAUUUCCUAAUAAUUGCUCCCACAGUUGAUUUCUUCAAACCAAGCUGCUUACCUAUUUCAGAUUCAGUCUUCCCAGCCUGGUGCAGGUCUACAAUUUUGUUUCUGGUGUCCUUUGACAGCUCUUUGGUCUUGGCCAUAGUGGAGUUUGGAGUGUGACUGUUUGAGGUUGUGGACAGGUGUCUUUUAUACUGAUAACAAGUUCAAACAGGUGCCAUUAAUACAGGUAACGAGUGGAGGACAGAGGAGCCUCUUAAAGAAGAAGUUACAGGUCUGUGAGAGCUAGAAAUCUUGCUUGUUUGUAGGUGACCAAAUACUUAUUUUCCACCAUCAUUUGCAAAUAAAUUCAUAAAAAAUCCUACAAUGUGAUUUUCUGGAGAAAAAAUUUCUAAAUUUGUCUGUCAUAGUUGACGUGUACCUAUGAUGAAAAUGACAGGCCUCUCUAAUCUUUUUAAGUGGGAGAACUUGCAAAUUGGUGGCUGACUAAAUAUUUUUUUUCCCCACUGUAGUUUACCCUACAAUGUCAGUUGAGUAACUUUGCUCUGAUAUGUGAUUAUAGUAUAGAAUAGAUCAUGAAUCUCUAGUCCCUUUCUGAUAUUAGAAAUUGAUGACAAGGCGACGCAUUUCAUGUCCUUGUUCCUUCAAGUCCUGAGAACAAUGUCUGUCCAUAUGCAUCACUGGUAUUUAUAGACCUGACAUCUGACACGGCCUGCUCCUAUCAGCUGCUGAGGGACAAAGCCUGAGGUCACAAUGUGUUGGGCCAGAAUGUAACUGAUAGCAGCAAUGUUAAGAGAGUCUGUGCUGUCUUCAGUGCUCAAUUGCUUAGUCGUUUGAUGAUUAUGCAUUUUAUCAAACCAACUGUUACAUGAUAGUGGCUGGUGCACCAUUGGCUUUAGUUCAGUGGGCAACGCAGUCAUGCAGUAGUUGUGCAGCAGAAAGAAGCAAUAGUUUGAUGUGUCACAUGUAUUCAUUAUGGCUUUGAAUUCCGUUCCAUUCUCAUUCAUACUAAUGUUAUUAUCUUUUCAUACAUACAGUACCAGAUCACCAGAUAAAUUGUGAAGUCGGUUAACUUCCCCACAAACCAGACAUAUAGAUGCCCGUUCUCUGUGUUCAUCUUUGAUUUUGUGUUCUGUUCCUUUACAGAGAUUUUGCCUUUGUGGCCAGUGACAAAGACACCUGUAUGCUGAAGUGCCAUGUGUUUCGUUGUAACGCCCCAGCAAAAACCAUCGCCACGGCUUUGCAUGAAAUGUGCUCAAAGGUAACGAAAGGUUUCCAGCAUAGGAAGUGGUUUAACGUCCCUUUUAGCCCACCAUAGUAGUUUAGGUAAAUUCUAGAUUGAGCCAGUGUAAAUGAUGGCUGUGUGUGUGUCUAGAUCAUGGCAGAGAAGACCAAUAGAAGCCCAUCUAUGGCCCGCUCCCUCACCAUGGAGAGCAUCUCCCCUGAGGACCUGCCACGCCAAGGUACGGUAGCCUGGCUGAGCUCAGAGCCCACAGAAACCUUCAGUUACAGUCUGUAGGGGUAUUUCUGACUGGAGCAAUGUGUAGUUUAUACGCAUUGUAAACUCCAUAAUAUGGCAGAAAUCAUAUGAUUAAUUUGAUUCUUAUUUUUGCUGCAGUGGACUUCCUGGAUGCAAUGAGGAAAAGGGUGCAGAAGUUUGAGGUGCAGUACAUUGGAAACCUGCCCGUCUCCAGGGCGAUGGGUAGGUGUACUGUAUUAUAAUCUCAUCUAUUGAUUUAUUAAACUGGCAAAAUACCAUCAAACUUUUCAUCUAUUGAUCUAUUAAACUAGAUACAAAAAAGAGCCAAUGUCCUUGAGAGUCAACAGGGGAACAAAGGAUCUGUAAUAUCUCAUCACCAGAUAUAGAGGAUUAGACAGCAGCCAGGACUCACAGGCAUGUUUAAAAUUGGGGCUGGAUCGUUACGAGACAGAGGACAUCGUCUCCUUAUCCUCAGCAAAUACGGCGAGUCACGUUGUAUGGCUAGCUAACUCUCAGGGUCACUGUGCAGUUGGCUGUCCCAAGGCGAGGCGUCGUCUCGCUGUAUGUAACACAGCACUCUUUCAGAAAAUAGAGGAUUCAUUACAGGAUCCAAAACGGUAGCAUCCAUCAAGGUGCUGUUAGCUGGACCAGCUGACUGACCGACAUAGAGCCUGGUCCCAGAUGCUUUUGUCUGAGAUAUUAUGGUCCACUGAGGUUUUUAUUUAACCUUUAAUUUGUUUUGGAGAUUAUUACACAAGUAAGGUGCAAAAAAACUAAAAGCAGAUUAACGUAACUCAGUGGAGAUUGAAGGGAUCUCCAGAGUUAGCCAUCCCUGAGACCGGGUCUGGUAGCUCGUACGUCUGUAGGUUAACAAUGAACUAAGGUACGGCGGAAGUUUGUGCAAGAGGGCUUUAUAUACAAAAAGAGUGCAAUGCAUCGAUCUACGAGACUUCUAAGAGGGCCAGUCUACUUUCUGAUACAGAUCCAAUGGCUUCAAUACAGUGGCAUCUGUAUUCAGAUAGACAAUAUCGCCAUAAUCUAUAACCGGUACGAAUGUCGACUGAAUGAUUUGCUUUCUGCUGUUUAACGAAAGGCAUGACCUAUUCCUAUAAAGGAAGCCUAUUUUAAGUCUUAACUUCUUAACAUCAAUAUGCUUUGUUUAAAGAUAGCUUUUCAUCAAUCCAGAUACCAUUUAAAAGGUGGCACACGAUCAAUGUGGGCACCAGCCAAUGUAUAUAUGCAUAAAUCAUCAGACACAUUUUUAAGCGUUUUGGAAAACAACAAAUGCUUGGUUUUACCUGCAUUAAGUACCAAUUUCAGUUCAACGUAGGCUUGCUGCAAUGCAAUAAAGGCAGAUUGUAGCUCCAAAAUAGGUUUUCUUAUUAAUGAUGACAAGCCAUUAGUCGUAAUUUCAGAUUACACACCUGAGGUGAUGAUCGCAUAGGUUCGCAAUCACUGGAAGGACGUUUGAUGAUACCGUGUGGUACAAUGAAGAAGAGUUGACGCUAGGAGCAUUUCCUCUCAAAACAGGAGAUGUAACCUUGGUUUUACAGUACUUUAGAAGUCACUGUGCUGUUACUGAAGCAGCUUUAUUACAGGGCUGUAUGUUUGAUCCUCUGGCAGGUAUGGAGGUGCUGAACCGGGCCAUAGAGAGCAUCAUGAACACCUCAGACAGUGAUGAGUGGGAACCUAUCGUCAUCCACAUCUCUGAUACUGUGCUGUCACUCUGGAAAGGAGAGGUGAGGAUUGCUCAGGAAACCUGUAAAUGCAGUGGUCAGACCAACCAAUGAAAUUAUUAAAUGUCUCUUUCUACCUGAUUUUCUCUCUCUCCCUUUGUCUCUCUCUCCCUUUCUCUCUCUCUCCUCUCUCAGAACGUCUGCCCUGGAAGUUAUUCGUGUCAAGUCGUUAAAUUUAGUUAUCUCGUAUCGCUAAUCGCGACGCUAAGCUCUAUCUCUCAUAUCUCGCUUGGAUUAUUCUCUCGCCUCUCUCUCUCUCAUGUCGUCUCUCUCUCCUUUUGUCUCUCCCUUUGUCUCUCUCUCUCCUUCUUUAACGUUCUUCUCUCUCUCUCUCUCUCUCUCUCUCUCUCUCUCUCUCUCUCUCUCUCUUUCUCUCUCUUACCUUCUCUGUGAUUUCUCUUUCAGGAUGGAGAUGAUCCCUUCUGGGAAUGUCAAGUGCGUUACCUGACCUUUCUGGGUGUGGGCCAUGACACACACACCUUUGCAGUGAUAGUGGACGGCGGGACGCAGCGGUUUGAGUGUCAUGUUUUCUGGUGUGAGCCAGACGCAGGGAUCAUCUCUGAGGCUGUGCAGGCUGCGUGCAUGGUGAGUGACUAAGGGGUCACCCUGAGGCAUGACACACAGGGCUGGAGAACUAACGUACAAAAUGGCUUCUGUAGACACAGAGGUGAAGCUAGCAUGAAAAAUACUUGACUUUAUACAUGCUAUCAUGGCUGAAUUAUGAAUAUUUAUUUCAAUGGGAAUUAGUAGAUACUGGUAGAGAAUGUAAUAGAGCCAUGACUCAUGUAUGGUAUUUUUCUAACAUGAAGGGAAACUAAGGUCACUGCUUAACAUGGCUCCAUUGUUCCCCCUGCAGGUCCAGUACCAGAAGUGCUUGGUGGCCCAGACUCCACCACCCAGGUCCAAAAUGUGGCAGGCGGGUUCCAAGGUGAAGCGCGCCAACUCCAUGGACGGCUUCACUUUCCCAGCUCCCCUUCACCAAGGACUCUCCCCACCCAUGAUUGGCUCCUCCACGGCUAAGAAGGGCAUGCUGGCGUUUUUUGAGACUUUCAGAAAUAAACAGUCAGCAGUUUCCACACCAUAACACCCAGAGAGGGAGGGAGGCG